AUGACGAAUUUCCCCAGAGUUCAAGACGCUUUGAACAAAGCAAUGAACGAGGACGACUUCGAGGACGACGAAGCCGCAUUCCUCCGCCUCUCCUCGCUCACCCCGGAGGAGCUUUCAAAACACACCGCGAAAUCUCGCGACGCGCUCGAUCUUCGCUUGAAACGGUUGAGUUCUUUAUACGAAAGCACGGAGUUGGAAUUUAAGGAGAUGGAACGAGUGAAGGAGAAGUUAUUGGAAAACGUAAACAAGCUGCGAGAGAUGACGAGAGAGGAGGGAGAGGAAGAGGAAGAGGAAGAGGAAGAGGACGGAGAGAUUCAGAGGCUGGAGAGGCUGCUUUUGGAGGAGAAGGAGAAACAGAGGGCGAUGAUGACGACGACGUCUGAUAAGAAGUGA